AUGCAUUCUUAUUCAUUUAAGAUUCAUCCUGUCUGUGUAAUGUGUUUGAAUCCUUUCGGUGUAAUUGACGAUCAACUUCUCUAUGAGUGUCCUCGUCGUGCUUGUGGCGAACAAUAUUGCAAUAGUUGUGUUCAAGUUAUUCGAGGACCCUCAUCAAAAUGUUCUUUUAAGUGCUUGUCAUGCAAAGAAAAUGUGGUCCCUGAACGUAAUCUAUUGAUUGAGGAACAAUUAAUAUGGAAAAGCUUUUGCAAACUAUAUGGGGUUGAAAAUUUUUGCUAUCUGAAGUCAGACGUAGAUUUUUUAUCAUGCAAACCCAUCUUAGAUGAUAUUCAAUCUCGUCGCGCUCAUAUUCUAUCACAAUACGACACUUUUAUGCAAAAGCUCAGUAAAACACAGCCAAACAACCAGUUUUAUGAUCAAUUCAAUGAGGACGUGGAUCAAUUGCUAAAUGAAUUAACCAAAUCUGCCAAUGGAUUGAUGUCCAUCAACGAGAAAAUGAACGAACGUAAUAUCACUGUUGACGAUUGUUCGAAGCAAUACAAAAAAGUACUGCGAGCAUUCGAUACUGUUUACAACAAUUUAGUCGAAGUGAUUCGAAGACUUCACAAUGAAAAUGAUUCCAUUCUGAUAAAUACAUCUGACAGCUGCAUUCAAUAUGUUCAAAUAGCAAACGAACCAAUACAUUUAUCAUCGAGCCAAAGUAUUCCAGCCAUUGAUAACAUUCUUGAAGAUAUGAAACUUCGAAAACAAUUACUUAUACAAUCGUUAGAAUUGAUUGAACCAUAUUCAGCAAGUCGCACUGAGAAUACUUCAUCAUUACAAAGUGAUAUCAAUCGAGCGAAGCAGUUAUUGACUACAAUUCAAGAAAUGGAAGGCGACUUGAUGUUCUUGCGUCGUAGUUUAGAAGCAAUAAAAAUAUCUCUUGAUGAUUAUGAUAAUUAUUUGCGUGAUGAAAAAUAUAAACAUAUACCAUGCUCAAAGUUUAUUUCUACACUUGAAAUAUUACGCGUACUAAUCGAACGACUAGAAAUGAAGGCAAACUUUCCAAAAGUUGCUGAUUUGAUGGCACAAUGGCAAAAUAUGGACUAUGCUCCGGAUACUUUCAAACCAAAAGUAUUUGAACUUUUCAAGGCCAUAAAAGAUGAUUUAACUCAAGGGCUUAUUCAUCAGAACGGUAUAUAUUCAAUUCCGUAUAGGGUAGGCGUCAUUGGCGAUACAAGUGUUGGUAAAAGCUCCUUAAUUAAGAACCUCGGCAGUAUCCAAUCUGCAUUUCUCCCAAUGGUUUCUCUUGACAGGAGCACAUUCAGUUACUUACAAUUCGAUAGCUCGAUGCCCAUAUGUUCCCAUAUGGAUCAGACUCUGCCAAUAACAUUUAUUGAUGCUGAAGGGGCGACAGACGCAAAUGAUACGGAGUCUAUAGGAAACUAUAGAGAACUAAUGAUCAGAGCAGACUGUGAUCUCUACCUUAUUGUAUUCGAUCGACCAUUCAAUGAGCAGCAUCAACAGUGGAAGAAUUUUAUUGAACGAGAUCUUCGUCGGAAGUGUCUUUUAGUUUGGAACAAAGCUGAUGAGCUCUUCUUGAAGUUAUUCAAAGAGCAGGCAAGAAGAUCAUACAACAUCAAUACUAAGGAAUACCUCAUUGUUAAGGAUGUUCGAAACAGAAUCAGACGCUAUACUUCUAUUGCCUAUAAUCGAGAUGAGCUGAUUGACGAAAUGUAUUUGACCGCAGCGGAUUGCGAAGAAUCUCUCAGACAAGCAGAUUUUGCCGAGUUUGACUUGGAGAAGCUUAAGAAAAAAAUACUAAAGACAGCCGUGGAAGACUCACGAGUCGAACGGAUGCGUAGGCUGGCCGUUCUAUCUUCGACAACAAUCAUUAACACAUGUUUUCGUCGUGAUUACAUCAUUUCCACGACACGCUACCCAAUCAUGGCAGCAGCUUUCAGUGUUGUACCUGGCCUAGAAGAGGUGCCAAAAUAUUUUGGACGCAAGGAUAUUGAUCGAGCUUUUGGAAUCGAUGGAAAGCUAGUUAAUCCAGAUUCGCCCAAUGAGUCAACAUUAGAAGAAUAUUUACUCACGCACAAUUUUAGAGUACCCAUAGAAUACCUGAAAUCUGGCUGCUUCGAGUAUCUAGUACCUAAAAUGGAAACGGGGGCAACUUCAGAUGUAUUCACAGCCACUGAGACGAUAACACCAAUGAAAUCUACAAAGUUCGGUCUAGUAAAUAGCAUCACUAGUGAUGGCAAUUCUAAAACUAGCAUUACGGCGCGUGUAACUCAAGGGCUUGCCGCUGUCGGAACGGUUCUAGGUCAGUUUGGCGAUGAUGCCGCCAGAUUUUUGAUUCCAGCUACCAAUGUCACUGGCAAAGCACUUUCAAUCGCAUGCGCUACUACAGGAUUCGUGUUAAUUCCAGUCUUUGCUACUUGGUCAUUUUACUCAGCCAAGAAGCAUUUGAAUAAUUAUCUCGAUAUGCUUUGCAAUGACUUAGUGUUUGUAUUUGCAUCUUUUAUCAACGCUGUUUGCAGUGAUUGUAUUCAGAAAACUAAUCGGUUUGAACUCUGCACUGAUUGCUUCUCCGAAAUAGAAGAAUUCAAAGGCAUCACGUUUUAA